GCAUUCUUUCCGAACCUCUCGGUACAAUGUCUUGUCAUUCAAGAGGGGUACUUCGGCUUGUUGUGAGUUCAAUCAGUCAUAAACAAAACAUUGAACAACUGUACUCACCAUGACGAUUGUAAUAACAGGCGCCGGUGGCUUCGUCGGCCAAACCCUCGCAAAGGAAUUGAUCCAGAGGAAUGCCAAUGAACAUCUGGUCCUCGCAGAUGUCCAAGCACCUCCAAACCCCACCGGAUCCAGCAAUGUCAAGAGCAUCGCAGCCGACCUUACGGAUCCCUCAGCAUGUGAAUCGCUCAUAGCGACCUCUCCUGACGCCGUCUACAUCCUCCAUGGCAUCAUGUCCAGCGGCGCGGAGGCCAACCUCGAAUUGGGCUAUAAGGUCAACUUCGACAGCGUCCGGCAAUUGCUAGACACCAUCCGCCUGAAGAAGCCCGGCACCAAGGUCGUCUUCACCUCAUCUUGCGCCGUGUUCGGCAGAGCUGCAGUCGAGAACGUCGCGACGGAAACAGACGUCGUUCCCAUGCCUGAAAGCUCCUACGGCACCCAAAAGCUCAUGAUCGAGUUCCUGGUCAAUGACUACUCCCGCCGUGGUUUCAUCGACGGACGAGCAGUACGUCUCCCCACCAUCUUCGUGAGGGCCGGUGCUCCCACCGCUGCUGCGUCGUCAUUCGUGUCCGGCAUCGUCAGGGAGCCCGUCCAUGGUCAGGAGAGCGAACUCCCCGUCGAUCCCGACAUCGGGAUCUGGCUUUCGUCUCCUAAGACCCUCGCGCGCAACUUGGUGCACGCGAAGGACGUCGAGGCGGAAAAGCUGGGCCACUUUAGGAAUAUCCUGCUUCCGGGAUAUACGGCGAGUAGUCGAGAGAUCUUGGAUGCGCUGGAGAAGGUUGCUGGUAAGGAGACGAGGGCGCUUGUAAAGGAGAAGAGGGAUGCGACUGUGCAGAGGAUUGUGCUCAGCUGGCCGGCGAGGUACGACACGUCGAGAGCUAAGAGUUUAGGAUUCCACGAGGAUAUUGGAUUGGAGCAGACUAUUCAGGACUUCAUUGAGGCAGACAAGAAGUCGUAAGGGAAACUCCUACUCUGAUCAACGUUGAUCUGGCAACAUGUCUAUAAAGGUCACUCGUACAUACACCAAUUCAAUUGAUAAGCCAGACCACCAAAGAAUGCUCCAGUACUAUUCUACGCCCAAUCCUAAAAAUAUACUAAACAAACGACUGGUGAGCAAAUCCUCCGCAUUCAUUACUACCUGCUUAGCGUAACCCCG